GUAACUGACUUCUUAUGAAACAAAUGACUUCACCCUUCCCGCCACAAGUUGGCUUCCCCAACUUAGGAAUUCUUCGACACGUAACUCGCCCCCACAACAUUGAACUUGGGCCCACCUGUCUCAACAAGUCGCGUCGGGCACCCCACAGCUACCCCUGCACCAGGGCGCAGGCGCGGCGGCCGCGCAGCCGCCCUACCAGCCCCGCAUAUCGUAUUUCCGUACUGACCAACAAUUAAAACGCAACCAAAAUCACUGGAAACGACGAAAACCAGCAGGCGGACAUGAACUUCAGUCCGUUCCCGGGGCAGGCGGCGGCGCCGCAGCACUUCACCGCCAAGUUCGGCUACGAGGCCGCCGGCACCGUGCUGCAGGAGACCAGGUACCAACAAGGCGCGUCCGGCGUGCAGUUCGUGCCGUCAUCGGGAGACCUGCAGAGCGUGAAGUUCCGCCAGGGGGAGAGCGUGGUGGUCGUCAGCUCCGCCACGCAGGGGCCCGUCACACUCGCGCAGAUACCUAUACAGACCGUGAACACGGGGGUGAAAUACCACACCAUAACAUCAACGGGUCAGAUCAGCAACAUCGCGUACGGACAGUUCGAGCCGACGCAGCUGAAGAUAGAACAGAGAAUUGACAAGCGCGAGUACCGCGAGGAGAUACCGCAGGAGCUGAUGGCCACUCAUCAUCAAGUGACACAGACGACGCAGCUGCAGCAAGGAGGCCAGCAGCUGCUGGUGGUGCUGCACGAGCCCAAGGAGGCGGCUGCCCUGGCCAGAGCCAUCAAGCAGGAGGCGCGGAACGAGCGCGGGGCCGUCGCGCCCGCUGAGUUUAUUAUCUACUCCCCAACGGGUGUCGGUGACUUGACCGACACGUCAACCUGGCAGACGCUGGGCUCGGGCGUCGCGGACUACCUGUCGGCCUUGCCUCUCCCUCUGCACCACUUGCUCAAGUAUUCAACAAGUGAGGGGAAGCGAGACGACCAGCCGACGGUGGUGACCGUCGCGACUAACACGAUGCCGCAGCAAAGCGCCGCGCAUACUCAAAUCCAGCCGUCCAACAUCGUGGCAACAAGCAACAACAACAACAACGUCGGCGUAGUGGUCCAAAGCGUCCAGACGUCGACCAUCGUGAGCCCCCCCGCGCCCCCUCCCGUCGUCAACAACGUGUCCACCGUCAUCGUCAACAAGGGCAAGAAGAAGAAGAAGAAAUUUAUGAAGGAGAAGAAGCCGAGGCCUAAACCUGGCGAGAUUAGACUCACUACCGCUUUAGACGGCAGCACGCUGUACUGCUGCCCGGAGUGCCACAUGGCGUACCCGGAGCGAGGCCUGCUGGAGCAGCACCUCGUGGGACACACCAUGGAGCGACGGUUCAUCUGCGACAUCUGCAACGCGGCUCUAAAGCGCAAGGACCACCUCACGCGGCACAAGCAGUCGCACAACCCGGACCGGCCACACGUGUGCUCCGUCUGUCUGAAGGCCUUCAAGAGAAAGGAGCAGCUUACCCUGCACUUUGUGAUACAUUCGGGAGAGAAGCGGCACAUUUGCACGGAGUGCGGGAAAGGUUUCUACCGCAAAGACCACCUCCGCAAGCACACGCGCUCUCACAUCGCGCGGCGCGUGAAGGCCGAGCUGUCUCAACAGAACGCGGGGCGCAGCGACGGCAUCGAGUCGCGCCCCGUGCCCGCGCCCGCGCCCUCCUGACCGGAGGAGGACAGCAAGCCGCAAGAUUUCCUCUCCUUUAUAUCCUCGCCGAAGAGCAGCUUCUGAAUGCCGCUAGAUGGCGUUGGGUUUGGCUUUUUUAGGUUGUUAUAAAUUUUGUAUUUCUUGGCAUUAUACUGUUUUAUUUUGAAGCUGGAAAUAAAAUCACCGAAUGUUUGCGUUGGUAGGUACUCGCGGUCGGAUAAAUAAACACUUAGAAAAUGGCGGCCUUUAAUGGGAAGUAGGUACUAAGUAAUACCGUAAUAACGAAGCUGGUAUGAGCGAGAUAGAGUGAGACGGUCCGCCAUGUUCAUAUUGUUUCUUUAUAUCGACUUAGUAGUACAAGUCCGUUCUUUGACUAUAUUAUAAUACUGUAUAAUUGGGCAAUUUUUAUUAUGCUAAGGUAUAAAGUGAUGAAUUUAAGUUAUUGGUUUAUUUACUAAUAAAAAACUAUGGACUAUGUGUGAAAUGGACUAUGUAACUGCCUAUAAUGGUGCAAAAUAUUUUAAUGUAAUGUACAUGUCUAAUUUAAAAUAUUUAGGCCACGGUUGUUUGAAUUUGGUCAGACGUUAUAAAAAUAAGUUGGCUCUAUUAAAAUUGUUGUAAAAUGUGAUAAGUAAAAUUAGCCUGAGUUUUUAAAAGCUCUAGAAAUUUGUAUAGAUUGGAAUUUAUUAACUAGUUUAUUUUUAUCGUUUAUUGUAUCUGCUUUUGUUAGAGAAUACUUUUGUAAAUUAAAUUGUUAAUGCGAUACAUGCAAUAAUAGUAUAAAUACUUACGUUUAAGUCUGUUUUUUUAAUACUUAUGUAUAUUGGGCUAAAUACAUU